UCACCAUUUCAUGGCAGCGCAUUUGGGAAUUCGACUUUUCGUGACAGCAUGUCAUUUUCGACAUUUGAUUGAUAAUUUUCUUGGGAUCCAUCAAAUUAGUUUGUUUGAAAGUUAGUUUAGGCGCUAAAUGUUUAUAUUUUAUAAUUUUCACGUCGAAACAAUAUGUGAGUGAACGGAACCCGUGUUCGGUUUGAGUGGCUAGGUUCUCCAUGAUGAGCGACCAAAAAUGUGUAGUUGAAGGCUGCAAUUUGGAAUAUGAUGUGGUCUGCAGCUUUUCCUUUUACAAUGUGAACACAUCAGCACAAGCAGAUGACAAGAGACAAGACUGGAUUGAGGGUGCCAUGCACGAAGAGAGCGAGUGCCUCUGGAGGCAUGUCAGCUUGCAGCUCUGCGGAUAUCAUUUUGAACUGGACGCCCAAGGCCUAUGGAUCGACUCGCCAAUGCUACCCGAGCUCCUAACCCCCCCGUCCAAGCAACCCGCAGCUUUACAGCAGACAGAACAGGAUAAAAAACGCGCGGCCCAACGAUCGUUCCAACGAAAUUUUGAAAAGUUCAUAUCGUUCAAGGACCAAGUUGCGGAUAUAAUCCGCACGGAGCACAACUACAGCUUCGAGCCCGUGAAAGAAACGCACGAGGCUGUGUCUAGACUCAAUGUCAGACAACUUGUCGACACUUUGGGAUAUCUGUCUCUGAAAAACCUUCAGAAAAAGCAGUUAUGGGUGGUUAAAGUGGAAACGGACAAAGCGGAGGCUUCCAUCACACAAUCUGAACAGGUCAUUACUAAAAUGACCGACCCUAAGCAGAUCAUCGAGAUCGUCCCUCAAACGUCAACCUCUGAGCAAGUCGAGGGCGAGCAGCAAAACGAGGUGCUGCACAUUAUGGAAGAUGGCAGCAUCGCUGAUAACUUCAUAUACGAGAUCGCUGAAGAGCAGGAGAUCACUAUGGAGGAGGUGAAGGAGAUACCCGCCGAGAACAGGUCGUGGACAGUGAACAUAAUACCCGAGGAAGCGAAGCCCAAGUACGCGUACAUCAAACACUGCAACACGGGCAAGAAAAAACGACACUUCACGUCCGAGAUGAACGCGAUCACCCUACAAGGCGACUUCGAAAACUACUACAUCCUUCCUGACGUGGACCCAUCCGUCGGCGUGGAGAUCACCACCAGCUACGAGGGAGAGAACUACAUCGUGGAGGAGUACCCGCACUUGGUGCUGGAAGAGCGGCCCAGGAAGCGUGGGCGGGAGUCGGACCCCACCAAGCGCAGGAAGAAGAAGAACCAGGCCUCGGGCUCUGUGCGGGAACAGGUGAAAGCAUUGAAGACAUCCAUAAAGACAGAGAUAGACACGUCGGAGGACUGGCUCAUCGACAGCGGCGUGUACGAGCAGCCCGCGGACGACGACUACGACGACAAGAAGGCGACGCGGGUGAGGCGGAGGAACGACAAAUAUCUGGGCCUAGACUUUGUCACUUAGUCACGGCUUUACUUGAGUUUUCCUAAAGCGUCGCGGGCGGAGGGGCCGGCCGGCGCUCGCGGCUUCGCUAUGACGGUAGCGGCCUCUACACGCCGGAGUUUUCGAUAUGUAUUAGAAAGUUUCAUAAUAUAUUCUAACUUUAGUUCAUACUACAUAGUAGGUGCUUACAUCAUACAUAAUCAUCAGGAAAAAAUACUUUAUUUUUGAACUACAUGAUGCUCGUGACUUUGUUGAAUUAGGCUUUUGAAAAUCCCAACACUUUGACUAUCAUCCUAGAGCAGUGGUGAACGCUGUGAUCCUAUCUUUUUUCUCUCUCGUCUGGCUUUUACAAUGAUUAGCCAAUGUCAAGUUUGUUGUUAUUUGUAACAAGUUAGCUAAACUAUACAAGUAUGGACCCCGUCCGUGCCGGCGCUCGCCGACAUACGCACGGCACCCCCUUAGAGCGCUUUUCAGUCAGUUUUAACAAAAAAAAAACACUCCAAAACAACACGCGCGCCAGCAAACGCCACCACAGACGAAGUCCUCCUAUCUUUAUAUAUGUCGCAGGUAAAUUGUCAAAGUUUCAGUUAAAAUGAGACAGAUAUAUGCCAGCGGUAUAGCGCUGUCUCGUUUUAACAGUGUCUUAAGUCUGAGCAAAGACAAAGUGCGCUCUAUAGAUCUCAGCCUUCGACUGCAUCAUCACUU